AUGCUGAAAUCGUCGAAAUCCAUCUCAGUGGAAGACCUUCACAGCAUCUCCGAAUUCUCCGUUCACCACGAUGAAGCGCCGCCGACGAAGAAGCAAAAGAUUCCGGGCAAAAUGCGAUGGUACAUUUGUGCAAUAGUCACCGGGCUGCUGACGCUUCUCCAGGCCAAUGUGCACGUCUACAAUUUCACCGUUUUGUGCAUGCAGGAGGAGCAGAAAAAGCUUCUGAAUGGUAGGCAAAUGACCGUUUGUUCUGGCUUUCAUCAUAGCUUUUCAGAAUCACUCGCUCGAAAUGAGACUCUUACUGGCUCGUUCUUCACCUACGAUAAGUUCGAGCAAGAUCUGCUCUUCUCGGCCGCAUACAUCGCCCCGCUGCCCUCCACCGUCUUCCUCUACUUCUUGACGAACCGAUCGGGCGUGAAGACGACUCUGCUUAUCUGCUCGGUCAUUUCCUUCCUCUCCACAUUCCUCUCCCCUCUCGCCACCUACUCCGGCUUCUGGUUCCUCUGGACCGCCCGUUUCUUCCAAGGCCUCCCCGCCGCCAUUCUCUCGAUCGUCGUCUCGAUUGUGACGAGUCACUGGUCGACGCUCAACGAGAACGGCGUCUACGUCUCCAUUCUGGCCGCCCAUUACCAGAUCGCCCCACUGCUCACAAUGCCCCUCUCGGCGAUCAUGUGCUCGGUCGGAGGCUGGAGCUCCGUGUACUACACCCAGGGCGCGAUCACCGCCAUGUUCAUCGUGCUUUCGCUGUCUUUUACACCGACAAACCAUCGGAUAACAAGUUUGUGUCGAAGGGCGAGCUGAAGGCGAUCGAGGCCGGAAAGUCUUUGGAGGAGAAGCACGUGGAGAAGUCGCGCACUCCGUUCGUGGCCAUCCACAAGGACACGGCCGUCUGGGCGAUCUGGCUCACUUCCGUCGGAGGCACCAUCGGAUUCUCGAUCUUCCUGCAGUACGGACCGACCUACCUGAACAAAGUGCUCCACUACAACCUCUCGACCACCGGCUGGACCGCCGCCAUCCCCUACAUCUUCUCGUGCGUGGCUCGCAUCGCUGCCCAGCCACUCAGCGCCAAUUGCUCGUUCCUCGGAGAGCGUCUCGCCGCCAUCGUGUCGACGACCAUCUCGCAAGGGACCAUGGCCAUCUGCUUCCUGGUGCUCAUGCUCAUCCCGCAGGACUGGUCUAGUGUCGGACAGCUCUGCUACAGUCUCGUCAUCGUUGCGAACGGGUUGAACGGAGUCGGCAUCACGAGAAGUGCCCAAUUGGUUUGCAAACAGCACCUCUCGUUCGUCUACACCGCCCGCAGCUUUUACAAUUUCACAGUCGGACUCUUGCUCCCGCUGCUCGUCAGCUGGGUGGCUCCGAAUGAUACUCAUCGCGAGUGGACCACUCUUUUCUUGUAAGUUUCAGAUUCUUGCCCAACCAAACCUCAUCGUGCUCGUUUCCAGAAUAAUCUUCUGCGUCGUCUUCGUCUCCAACCUCAUUUUCAUCGUGUUCGCACGUGCGGAAGCCGCCCCGUGGACCGUCGGAACGGCCGAAGUGGACGACCGCUCCGAGCACGACAUGGAGGAGCAGAAGAGCGAAACGACGACGACGGUGGAGAAGUUCUAA